GUACAUAAGAUCUAGGAGGAUGUCAACAACAAGCAGUGCCCAGAGUUUGGGUGACGUCAAGAGAAAGGCGAAAAAGGAUUCGUCUGUGCGGUCUGUCAGAGAGAAGAAACGCUACAGGUGUGAGGAGUGCAGCAAGCAGUUCAGUCGGCUGGAUAGUCUGAAGACACACAUGCGAACUCACACAGGGGAGAAACCCUAUAGGUGUGAGGAGUGCAGCAGACAGUUCAGUCGUUUUCAUCAUCUAAAAAGACACAUGCGGACUCAUACAGGGGAGAAACCCUACAUGUGUGAGGAGUGCAGCAGACAGUUCAGUAAGCUUGGGAAUCUGAAGAUUCACAUGAGGACUCACACAGGUGAGAAACCCUACAAGUGUGAGGAGUGCAGCAAGCAGUUCAGUCUUCUCCAUCGUUUGAAGACUCACAUUCAGACUCACACAGGCGAGAAACCCUACAAGUGUGGGGAGUGCAGCAGGCAGUUUAUUGAGCCGAGUGCUCUGAAAAGACACAUGCGGACUCACACAGGGGAGAAGCCCUACAAGUGUGACGAGUGCAGCAAGCAGUUUAGUGAGCUGUGUACUCUGAAGAAACACAUGCGGACUCACACAGGUGAGAAACCCUACAAGUGUGAGGAAUGCAGUAAGCAGUUCAGUCUUUUCCAUCAUCUGAAGACUCACAUGCAGACUCACACAGGCGAGAAACCCUACAAGUGUGGGGAGUGCAGCAGGCAGUUUAUUGAGCUAAGUGGUCUGAAAAGACACAUGCGAACUCACACUCAAAUGUGAAGAAUGUAGUUUGCAGUUCAGUGUGCUGAGUGCUCUGAAAAGACACAUGCGGACUCACACAGGGGAGAAGCCCUACAAGUGUGAGGAAUGCAACAGACAGUUCAGUCGACAGUACAGUCUAAAGAAACACAUGGAACUCACAAAUGAACUUGUACAAGUGUGAGGGAGUUAAGUUAGCAUUUAAGUCACUUGGUCAUCUUAACAGGCACAAGCUGACUUACACAGGUGAGAAACAGACCUGUGUGAGUUGUACUAAUAAAGCCAGCAGGUUGGGAAGUGAAUCAGAUCCGACAGUUUAGUCAGCGAUUGAACCUGAAAACCUGAAAAGUUACGUGCACUGACAAGUUGCCAGUAAAGCUAGUACAGUUCGCGUUUUUGUGUCGCCAGCCUUUUCUGUUAUGCGGUCCGUUUUAAACCCAUAUAAAUAUUGAAGUUCUGUUACGCGUGGUGUUGUAGAAUAUAGUUUGCAAGAUUGUAGUUUUCUCGGAUGUGUAUCAUGUUCAAGUUCAUUUCCUGUUGUGUAACUUCUAUAGUGGAAUGAUGCAGAUGUUGUAUGAAUCGUCCCAUAGCAAACUAAAAGUUAGUUACAACUAGCAUAUUUUUGUAUCUUUAUUGACAUCAUUACAUGUAGUAGCGAGGUAUGUCCUCAAAAAAAUAGAAUUUCGUUUGUUUUGUUUGAAGCGUUUCGUGUGUUGAUUUCUAUCUUUAACUUGUAUUAUGGUAAAUUCAUGUUUCAUGUUGUUUUGUUUU